GACCCACAGGGGGCCGCUCUUGUUUCCUUCGACAUCACGUGAUCACGGUCGUCCUAUUUCGCCGUCUCCGGUCUCCUCCGGUUUUUGGUUUUCUCUUUCGUUCGUUGUGUCACGAGCCGUCACGCGCGUCCGUUUGCGUUGCCGGGAUUGUCGCGGACGAAGUUUCGAAAUCGUGCAGCGAGCAGGAAGAAAUACCGACGUACACUCUUCGUUUUAGUCGGACACGAGUAUUCCGCGUCGCGUUGUGAACACGUGCGAGAUCUUGGCAUAAGAAACAUUUCACAAAAGAAACAAGAGAGAAAGAAAGAAAAAAUACAGUGAGAAAGAGCGAGAGAGCACAGCAUCUGCAAAAAUGUCAGAGAUUGACGCGAAAGUGAACAUGUCGCUCGGUAAGUCGCCGGAGUCCCGACGAUCUAACGAUUUUGCCAGUAAUCCCCGGGUGAGCCCGCGGUGAUCCUCCUCCGCUUUUCUGGCGACGGAUUGAUCCGUAAAAUGGCGCCAGCCUGCGUUACGUCCGUGCGAGGGUAUGCGCGCGCUUAUUUUAGAGUAUCUGCAUUUGUUUUUUUUCAUUUAACAUAUACGGAAAACGUUGCACUUUUCUCCCUCCUCUCCGCUGGCCUCUCUCCCCGAGGACGAUGUGCGGCAAAAAGCGACGUCGGAGACCUAAGCAUGACGACAGGCUAACCCUCCCCGAUCGGGAACGCCGAUCAAUCUAUCGAUCGAUACAACUAGCGAUCGACGAUGAUAAUGGCACAUUUGUUAAUCAGCGAAAUUGCGAGGGGAGGAAACAUUUUCUAAGGGGAGACUCGUUUUCUGUAUAUUUGUUGAGUUUCAAUCUACUCCUUUUUCUCAGGUCCUUUUGAAGGACAAGGAUUUAUUGGAGAUUAUCAUUCCUAUAUUGACAAUGCGACUGGACUUAGCCUCCAUAAAGCUUGGUACUUGAAUAUUAUUGAAAAUUUAGUACUGCAAUUCAACACCAAUUGACCAAAGCAGGAGAAGGAAGAAGAAAAAGAAAGAAAGAGCUUCAAGGAGAGUCUUAGAAGUUUUGUUAUUAUGUAAUUGUAUGUUGCUUAGUUGUCUGUUGAUCCUUUUUUUGGUCAAGAGGAGGAGGAGGAAGAAGGACGAAAAAAUUGAAUGAAACACGUGGAAGCGCUGUAGGAACCACUACUAUUAUUUUCUUAGUAGCAAUUUUUCAUUUCAAACUUCUGUGAUCAAGAAUGUUUUUUUGCAAUUUAUUUAAUCAUUGGAAAGAGACAGGUGUAAGAGUAAGUGGAAAAUUCAGUCAAAGUAACAAGGAACGAUAGGACGAUUUAUGCCAGUAGAUUCUUACACAAAGAGUCAUUUCAUAUGCUUGCCUUAAAUAAUUUAUAUUUCGACAAUUGGGAUUACUUGCUUCAGGAAGAACUCUGUGUCCAAAAAAUCGUAGGUACAUCAACAUCCAGAAAACAUGAUUAACAUCUAAGAUAUGAUUCAAGAAUUUGUCUUAAGAUAUUGCACGAAACGUCACCUUACGUUUGUCUCGAGUGAUCCACAAUUGCGAUUAGUUGUUGCAGGAAAACUGAUGUCCAGGAACUUUUAAAUGCAUCAACACUUUUAUACUUGUCCCAAAUAAUCUUACUUCAAAUUAUCAAUUGGUUGCCUCGAGAAAAAAUCAAUUUUCAAAAAAACAAGUUAAAUGACAUCACCAUCCAGAGAAGCUUGAAAACUGGAAACACUUGGAAACAAUCUGAGACUUUCCGAGAUAUUAUACAAAGCACUAUUUUGUUUGCCCCAAAUAAUCAUAAUUGCAAGGGAAAUAUGAGCACAUCAACUUCCUGGAGAUUGGAAUGUUAAAGACGAUCUGAAACUUCAUGACAGGAUGUUACUUUAUAUUUGGCUCAAGUAAUCGUAUUCCACAUUUCUGCAAUCACAAUUGGUCCUUAUGAAAAAAAAUCAAUAUCUAGGAAAACAUCAACAAGUCCAUCAACAACCAGGAAGGUAAUUAGAACAAUGGGAAAAUCUGAGACUUUAUUCCAGGAUAUUAUACGAAAUAUUGUUCUAUUCGCCUCAAAUAAUCGUAAUUGCUUGUCUCAGGUAUCCAGGAAGUAUGAAGCACGACGUACGCAAGAAAUGCGCGAAAUUCUAGCAUUUCUAAACUCUCAUGCUAAGAACCGUUGCAUCUCAGCCAUCCUAAAUGAGAUCAUAAAGAUGGAGAAAAAGAAAAAGAACGCAGCGAUCAAGAAUGGAAAGACCGGCGGCGGCGGCGGCGGCGGUGCGAAACGCAAUCGUGGUGCUGUGCGCGGAGGCCGUGGUGGAUUUAGAGGAAGAAGUACGAGAAUCAAGCGCAACGUUGGUGCCAUUGUGAAGAAGCAGCAGCAGACUUGGCAGCGUAACUCCGCAAAUAACAUGGGCAACGUUCGCGGUGGCUUCGCUCGGAAUCGCUUUAGGAAAAACAGCAAUCUCACGAGAUCACGUAGCAAUCUGAGCCUGAAUCAGAAGGCGAGCAAUGCAAGAGGUGGCUCUUUCAAUGUGCGCCGCAACAGAGGAGGCAACAGAUUUGGCCUGACUCGCAGCCGUAGCCGCACGAACCUGUUGUUCAAUCAGAGCGGCUACUUCACGAAUAACAAGAGCAGCCCCCUGAAGCGCACGAGCAGCCUGCCCAAUCUGCGUGAUCCGAACUCUGUGCACAAUCGCCUGGGAUACCAGAGCCCCGCGCAGAUUGCCUAUCGGAAUCGUGUGAAACGAGCGAAGCAGCUGCUGUUGCAGAGGCAGAAUCAGAGACUGAACCUACAGAACCAAUUCAGAAUGGCACAGGCCACUCAGAAGACCAAUCUGCUCUCGAUGCAGCCGAGAGUUUUAGGAAGGCAACAGAUAUUAACAUCGCAGCGUCGCUUUACAACCGGUGGACUACGAUCCGAUCAGAUUGCCCAUGCACAGAGACGAGCGCAAUAUGAACAGAAAUUGCUACGAAUGAACUCCGCCCGAUUGGUUCCUACUCCGAACGUCAAUUUCAUGUGCACACUGGGAACUGAAUAUGUACCUUCUGCCACUCGUCAGCGACCGCUUACUCUCGCGCAGAGCCGGCAACCUGCGACCAUUAGUCCACGACAAAUAUCCAGAGGACGAUCACCAUAUAGGCAAAGCACACAAGCUUUAAAUAUGGUUGGUAGAGGAUCAUUAUUCGGCCGACAGCGAUCGAGAUCGAGAUCACGAUCGCGUUCGCGGACGCACAACACGACUGCGUCCGACUCUAGCGGAGACGUUGACGAUCGAAGCUUCAGUGAAGUCAUGUACAGUCUGUCGGGGAAUCUUGGUGUUACAGGACGAACUCUCAACGAUCGAUUUAGUUUUUAAAUAGUAUCGUCUCAAAUUAGACUUUAUAUUGAAACGCGUUACCAACAAUUCUUUGUUGGUAAUUUAUCCAUAAUGUUAGAAAUAAGAAGUGAAGGACUUUUGUUUUAAUAGAAUAGACAAAAUAAUGUUAUUUUUCCUUUUUAUUAAGUACGCAUUAUUAACGUAGAACCACAUCACGAUGCGUUAAUCAACACACAUUUUCACGCAUACCUUUUUUUCUGUUUUCUUUGGUUACAAAAAUUUGCAACUAAGUCUACUUGUAGUAUCGCUUUUUCACAUUUGCAUUGUCAAUGUGUGCACAAACUUUUUUAGAGAAUAUCACGAUAGACAGUGUUACAUACUUUCAUCCUGGAUUAUAAUAAAUUUAACCCUCACAUACACACAUUUAAAAAAUUACAUAACACGGGGUAGGCGAUACCUCAGCCAUUUAAAACGGCUUUUGCGUUUAAAGCAUUGUAUCUGGAGGUAUAGAAAAAUUUAUGUAUACUUGAACAAUCUAAAACUACGCCUACUUGUAGAAAAUAAAAUUAAAUGAAAUUUCGGUGAGGUGUCGCCCAGUGAGUAUGUUGAAGGUUAAAAAAGCAAUUCUUAUCUGUCAUGAAUAAAAUAAGGAAUCUCAUUUUUCAUCUACGCGUAAUAACUUAUAAAAUUUUCUAUCUUUUUUUAUGACAUAAAAUAGAAAAAGAUGUUAUUUAAAUACGUAUAGCAAUUUCAAGAACAACUUAUUAGAACUUUAAUAUUUAAAGUGUGAAAUAUUAUUUACCUAUAAAAUAAGUGCGUACUUUACAAAUGUAUUUUCUUUUUGCUUUGAAAAAUAUAGAAAUUUCUACUUAUUCAUUUUUAAAGUUUGUAAUGCAAGUGCGAGAUCGUGCGAAGUGUUGCAUAUGGAUACAUAUAACUUGUAAUUCACACACACACACACACAUGCAUACAUAUAAAUAUAUGUCUGUGUGCAUAGAACGCAUCUUUUCACAUUUUGCUUAGCAAAAAUUUUGAUUCAGACUCUAAUUUGCAAGAUUGUACAACAUUAUGGUAAAAAUACAUGUACAGAUGAAAGAUCACUAA